UUUUCUUUGUUCCCUUCUUCCUUUUCUCGGACGUACUUAAAGGUUUCUCAUCCUCUUCUUGAAAAGGACAGAAUAAAAUCACGUCAUUUCUUGUUUUCACAAAAACACGGCCAUGCAAAUAUAUCAAAGCUUAAAUAAUGUGCAACAAGAAAUGCUACAGUACCUUUAAGGAUGGCUAUUGCUAUGUUGACUGUACAUGUUACUAUAUAACUGGAGUCAGUUUGUUCCACCAGAGGGCAGGUCUCUGGAGUGCUUACAUCAGGGUCUUCACUGUUGUCACUUUCUGGUCCGCUGUCUAUGAGUGGUCUAGUGUUUAAAGAGAGAUUUUGGAUAGAGCAGUUGUCUUCAUCAGUCUUUUGCAUGUCAGGUGAUGCUGUGGAGUCAGUGCACUCCAUUGGGAUACAUGUAUGCUGGUCCUAGAAAACGAGAUAUAAGAACCGUUUCAAAGCAGUAUUGAGUUGAGAUUUUGUGGGCCGUGCUCCCUCCGCAGCAACGCCCCCACGCGCGCCCAGCAACGCGCACUGAAAGUUUCUACUACAAGAGUGGGGCGGUCUGUCGUACAUAUGACAUAGACUUGGGUAUGCUGUUUGUGUGCUUUGAGGAUCUGUUGAAUCCAUUAAUCCAUUUAGACUAUAUAAAUGGAAUUCGCGUGAGGAAAAAAGCAUGGAAAAGUCGGACGCAUGCGAUCCAUACAGCCGACCCGCGCGCAGGACACAAUGGAUAGUCAGCACUCUGGCGUAUCAUUACGGAUUGGACCGUGGUGUGGAAAACGAAAUCAUAGUUCUCGCAACCGGGCUGGAUCAAUACAUCCAAGAGAUUUUUCAUCACAUAGACUGUCAGGGAGACGGCAAAAUACCCGCGGAAGAUUUUAACAUACUCUGCGAGAUUUUAGGGCUCAGCAAGGAGUGUGAUCUGGACGAGUGCGCGGGGAUAUUGGAUAACCUACCCAAAGAAUUCACCUUCAGACAAUUUCACGCAAAACUAUGCGGCUAUUUCAGCACCAAAGCUGGGUGCCAGUAUGAGAACGGAAGGUUGUUGGUUGGAAAGGAGAGCGAGCAUAUAGAGACGCAGAUAAGACUGCGGAGUCCUUUGAGACGACGCGAGAAGCUGCUGUCGUUGGGUACCAGUGUGGAGUCUGACGAUGAACACAGAUCGGGAUGUAAACGUGGAUCAUGUACUAAAGAAUGUUACGAGGAAAUCGUUGCCCUUGAAGAGGCUGAGGACAGAAUAACUAAACUUGAAGAGGAAAAUGCCAGUCUCAGGGAGUUAGUGGAGGAUAUGCGCGCGGCACUUCAAAGCAGUGAUGCUCGAUCGUUGGCUUUACAGGUGGGGCUGUGGAAAAGCCACUCAAAACACAAACCUGAGGGUGGCUGUUUCAUUGCCCACCAAAGGCGAACAGCACAGAAGCCCAGCACUGCUGGGAACUUAAAGGACAUCCAGAGUUUCUUGAGAGAGAUGGAUUUCAUCCGGAGUUCCCGAGACGGUCAGAUCGAGGAAGCCAUGUUCUUCAACCAGAAGCUGGAGCAAGAACUGCAGGUGUCACGCAAAACCGUAUUGAUGCUGGAGGAAUGUAAUAGGACUCUAAAGAAGGAACAGGUGCAGAUGAGAAAAAGGGUUGAGGAGGCCAGGCAAGCCGUGCUCAGUAGCUUCAAGAAAGUUAAAGAGCUGGAGGCCAAAGCCAGUCACGUUCCUGUUCUUAAGAGACAAGUUCAACAGCUCGAGAUGGAGCUUCAGUUCUACAGAUCUGAGGGCUCUAAAACAUCCGUUUCAUUCAUCAACAAACAGGACAGAGAGUAUAACACGUCUGGCCCAGCACCGCCUCGCUGUUGCUUAGACGCAGAACAAGAUCGGCGCUCUCCGACGGGACGUGCAGAAACUCUUCCUGACACCAUGGAGGAGCAGCUCUUCCGUUCAGUGGAGGGUCAGGCAGCGUCUGAUGAAGAGGAGGAGAGAUGGACCGGAGAACAGCAGAGACAAGUAGAUGAGGUGAAGAGAAUUCUCACCAGGCUGUCCUGCUGUGGAGACAGGUGUGAUGAGAAAGCAGUGAAGAAGCUUUUGUCACAUUUUGGAGACUCCAGGACGGAAGAGAGUCAGUCAGCUGUACUGGAUCUGCUGGAGAAGGUCACACGGCUAAAUAAACAGUUGGAGCUGAAGGAGAGUGAAGCCAGAAGGCCAGAGAUGAACACAGAAGACCAGAUGAGGGACUCCCUGGUUCAGGAGCUUCAACAGAAGGCGGAAGAGACCGAGCUGCUUCACCUUGAGCUGCAGAUGCUGGAAACGGAGCGGGUACGACUGUCUCUGGUGGAGGAGAAACUAAUGGAUGUGCUUCAGCUUCUGCAACAGCUACGAGAACUGAAUGUCUCCAGAAGAUCUUUGGGAAAGAUUUUACUCAGCACAUUGGAGUCCUGCAGUGAUCCACAACAUGGGAAAGCACAUAUCUUAGAAGUGCUCGAUGCUCUUUGUCAUGAGCUGGCUGCAUGUGAGGUCCUCUCUGGUGGUGAGGCUUUAGAAAGUGCACAGAGUCAUCAGUCUCUCACCAACUCACUGCUCAUCUCCUGCUAGGCACUCCUGACACCUAGUGGUCAAAAGAUGCUAUGGCAAUUUUUAAAGGACCUUAAACCAGCCGUGUAAAUGGCCCUUGGAAUAUAGGAUUUCUUUGUAAAUUUGUUUUUAAUUUUACAAUAAUCACCUCCUCAUUAAGCUCUUUAUCAUUACUAUGAAAUGUGUCUCAUUUAGAGUAAGCUAGUUUAUCGGUGUAAAAUAUGAGUAAGAGAUUGUGGGUCAGUAUUUUAGUGUAAUAAAUGCAUUUUGCCAUAUCCAAAUGGGAAACAUGUAUGAUAUGUAUAGCUCAUAAAAUGUUCAAUAUUAUAAUUCAAGAAAAACACAUAUAUUGGAUACAUUAUGAGUAACUUGACAAAAUAAAGCUUUCUUAAUAUCUCAAAUACAGGCUGCCUAACUGUGAAGAACUGAAUUUAUGCACCUUUAAUUGUUUUAACGUACUAAAACUUUUAUCCAGUUAUAUGGCACUUAUGAGCACUUUCGUUGCUUUUUUAAAGAGUAUACAGAGCUUGUUUCUCAUCAUCAAACUCUCAGCCUCUUUCACUUUGAGUAAACAGUGUUGCUAACAUCAAGAUACAUGAUUACAUUUUCACUUUUGUUCUGAAUUAACAUUUGGAUU